GGGGCAGCGAUCGGCUGGCGCGGUCGGGCGGCAGCUCGGGCGCGUCCAUAAGGCUUUGCCUUUCCGACUUCAGCUACAGUGCUAGCUAAGUUAGGAAGGGGACCCACCCGCCGCCUCUGUCGCCGCAGCUGUCGCUCCGGGCGCUGGGCUGUGCGUUCCGCUCCCACAGGCGCUCCCGCCGGCUCCUCGCACUCCCGUCCCCAAGCACCUGCGCCAGGGCGGUGGCCGCGGCCGCACCACGAGUGGGGGGCACCAGCCAUGACCGGGGCGCGCGAGCAGGACCGCCGGGGAGGAUGCUGCGGGUCCGUAGCCAACUACCUGAGCUCGGCCAAGUUCCUCCUCUACGUGGGCCAUUUUUUAUCCACUUGGGGGGACCGGAUGUGGCACUUUGCGGUGUCCGUGUUCCUGGUGGAGCUCUACGGGAACAGCCUGCUCCUGACGGCCGUCUACGGGCUGGUGGUCGCGGGGUCCGUGCUGGUCCUCGGCGCCAUCAUCGGCGACUGGGUGGAUAAGAACGCCAGGCUUAAAGUGGCCCAGACGUCGCUGGUGGUCCAGAACGUGUCGGUCAUCCUGUGCGGCAUUAUCCUGAUGAUGGUCUUCCUGCACAAGGACGAGCUCCUGAGCAUGUACCACGGCUGGGUCCUCACUUCCUGCUACAUCCUGAUCAUCACCAUCGCCAACAUCGCCAACCUGGCCAGCACGGCCACCGCCAUCACCAUCCAGCGGGACUGGAUCGUCGUGGUCGCAGGAGAAGACAGGAGCAGGCUGGCAGAUAUGAACGCCACAGUCCGCAGGAUCGACCAGUUAACCAACAUCUUGGCGCCCAUGGCCGUCGGCCAGAUUAUGACCUUUGGCUCCGCGGUCAUCGGCUGUGGCUUCAUUUCCGGAUGGAACCUGGUGUCCAUGUGCGUGGAGUACUUCCUGCUCUGGAAGGUUUACCAGAAGACCCCCGCGUUGGCUGUGAAAGCCACCCUCAAAGUGGAGGAGGCCGAGCUGAAACAGCUGAACUUACACAAAGAAACUGAGCCCAAACCGCUGGAGUCCACGCACCUGAUGGGGGACAAGGACCUGGCGGUGCGCGCGCCCGAGCCGGAGCCGGAGCCCAGCUGCGCCGGCCAGCUGGCCGAGCCCUUGCGCACGUUCCGGGACGGCUGGGUGGCCUACGCGCGGCAGCCCGUGUUCCUGGCGGGCCUGGGGCUCGCCUUCCUCUACAUGACCGUGCUGGGCUUCGACUGCAUCACCACGGGCUACGCCUACACGCAGGGCCUGAGCGGCUCGGUGCUCAGCCUGCUGAUGGGCGCCUCGGCCGUCACCGGCAUCCUGGGCACCGUGGCCUUCACCGGGCUGCGGCGCCGGUGCGGCCUGGUGCGCACCGGGCUCAUCUCGGGCUGCGCGCAGCUCUCCUGCCUGGUGCUGUGCGUGGUGUCCGUGUUCAUGCCGGGCAGCCCGCUGGACCUGACCGUGUCCCCCUUCCAAGACAUCCGCUCCAGGUUCAUCCAGGCCGAGCCCCUGCCCGCCGUGCCCACGGGCGCCCCCGGCCCGCUCUUCCCCACGGCCAGGCCUGCGGCCAACGGCUCCGUGACCACCCUCGCCGCCCCCGAGGUGGAGCCGGGGCUGAGCGCCGAGUCCGUCCUCUCCGUCAGCCUGCUGUUCGCGGGCGUCAUUGCUGCUAGGAUCGGCCUUUGGUCCUUUGAUUUAACUGUGACACAGUUGCUGCAAGAAAAUGUCAUUGAGUCAGAAAGAGGCAUUAUAAACGGUGUGCAGAACUCCAUGAACUACCUUCUCGACCUCCUGCACUUCAUCAUGGUGAUCCUGGCCCCCAACCCCGAGGCCUUCGGCUUGCUCGUGCUCAUCUCCGUGUCCUUCGUGGCCAUGGGCCACGCCAUGUAUUUCCGGUUCGCCCAGAAGACCCUGGGCAACCAGCUCUUCGCCUGCGGUCCUGUUGAAAAAGAAGCUCCGGGUGAAAACCAAGCUUCCACGUCUGUGGUGUGAGCCGGCCCCACCGGCUGAUCCCUGUUACUAGAUCACAUAGAGCGCGCGCUUGUUCUGUGCUUCACAAUCCCCCGACGUGGCCGGGUGUCUCUCUCUGGUUUUCCCACCACGGUGUCUUGAAGGCUAAAAGCUGUUUAGGAAACCUCCGUCAUCGGAGUGAACUGGUUCGCUUCCCUUCCAUUUAAGGAUGGGAAAAAAUAGGACAAGGAAAAAGUCUAAAUAUGGAGACUAAAAUGGCACAUACACUGAUUUUCCCCUAUUUCUCCCGAGUAGAAAAAUUUUUCCAUGAAAGAGUGGCGAGCCAGGUGAAUUAAGUUAACUUUUGGCAGAUAUUUAUUCUCUGUGGUAGAAUUCAGAUGUCAGUUCGCCCCAAGACUCACGCUUGUUCAAGUCUGGCUAAUUUACUUUUCUCUGUAUUUUAUUCCAUUAUAAAAACCAAUUCCCCUCCAAGCAGGAAGAUGCAAGUUUCAUAACCAGUGUUAUCCUCAUUGAUCCUGUCAGUCUUGAGGGGUUUAUAUAAAUGUGGAAAACAACAUAUUUCAGUAGAGUUCUCUAACAGGGUCAUGGUGGAACUUGAGAGAGCACCUUGGUAUUGUUAUUAUCAGAGAGGGCAACAUACCGCAUUAACCUACGCAGCACUCUGUAACACGCUAACCCGCUGCAGGUAGAGCCAUGCUGUGCAGUAGAUGUAUAACACUGAACGCAUAACGACUUCAACUCCCCACUGUCUGGCCACGCACACGCGAAGCCUGAAAGUCACCCCGCAGGGCACAGAUCCGGAGGUCACUCCCGCCACCCUCUGACCUCUCCCCGCCUCAGAGGGAGGCUGCGUGCUGCCCGCAGGAGGGAUGGAGAAAGUAGGCCCGCACGGGAGAGGUUUUGUGUUGUCGAUCACGUGACUUGUUGGGAGCCGGCGGGGGCAGAGCAUCUCCCCCUUCAUUGUUUGUACCCAGGAGCUAUUUUUACCCAGGCGCAGAGCAAGACUGUCCCUACAUGAAUUCCUUUCACACGUCUCUGAGAAGCAUGGAGGGAGGGAAAGACGUUUGUAUAUAUUUUUAAAAACUGUUCGGCGAGUCCUUUUGCAACCUGCCAGCCCCAGCGGGCACUCUGCCUUAACGUUCAUGCACUUUCGUGGGGACGGCGGUCCGUCGCUAGGAGCACUUUCCUAAUCCUUGAGGUCGAGUCUCUUCUCUUUUCUAUGGUAUGUCAUGAUUUGCUACGUUGUAAAAUCUUUGUAAAAUAUUUCUAUAUAAAACUAUUUUUAAAAUCUUGA